GUUGAAGUUUCUAUGGACGACUGCGAAUUAGAUUUAUUACUCAAGGAGUUAGAGGCUGACUACACGGAUGCCCUCAAGUAUGUUGAUCGUGAGUUGGAGAAAAGACAACAACAAUGGUGGUUGAUGAUUAUGAACGGUUACAGAAAAUCGGUCAAGGAACAUUUGGCGAAGUAUUCAGAGUUCGUCACAGAGUCACGAAACAAAUUUAUGCUUUAAAACGCCUUAAAAUAGAGCAAGAGACAGAAGGCUUUCCAGUUACUGCACUGCGUGAAAUUAGAAUCUUAAGUUCACUUUCCCAUGAAAAUGUUGUGCGUUUAAGAGGUGUUUGUCAUAGAAAAGCUGUCCCAUCCAGUAACUACAGAUAUGAAUUUUAUCUUCUGUUUGACAUUUGUGAACAUGAUCUUGCUGUGAAGAAAAGCAUAAUGCAACAAUUAUUUACGGGACUUUACUUUCUACACAAAAACAAUGUUCUACAUCGGGAUUUGAAGACGUCUAAUAUCUUGAUUGAUCGCGAAGGUGUUCUGAAAAUAGCAGAUUUUGGAUUAGCACGACUUACUGUUGCAUCGAUUAGACCUGACCGUGCUUCACGGUAUACUGGUCGUGUAGUAACAUUAUGGUAUCGACCGCCUGAGAUUCUACUGAAUGAUCGUUAUUAUGGACGACCAGUAGAUAUGUGGGGUGCUGGUUGCAUUAUGGCUGAACUUUGGACUAAUAAUCCUAUUCUGCAGGGUGAAAAUGAGCUGCUUCAACUCAACCUAAUAAUUCAACUCUGUGGCUCGAUUACUCCUGAAGUUUGGCCAGCCGUCCAAAAUCUAGAGACUUUCCAAAAAAUAAAAUUGCCUAAAGACAUUAAACGACAUCUGAGAGAGAAGUUAACCCCCCAAGUCCAGUCAAAACGUCUAGAUGCUGAACAAGCUUUAUCACAUGACUUUUUCCAUGAGGAUCCACCUCCUGGUGACUUAAGUUGUCUUUCAAAGAAUGGUGCAUCAUUCUUAGAAUACUUAGGACAAGCCAAUAGGGCCAGACGUGGACUAGGUAAUAACUUCCGUAGUGCUGCUAACCCAAAUUUCCCAGUUAGGCGUGGUCCAAAUGUAAUGGUUCCUGGGCCUGUGCCAAAUCAACCAGUUAUUGCUCAAUCAUACCGAUAUCGUGUCCUUCCGCCUGAUCAGGAUUCAUCAAACAUAAAUGACCGCAUAUUUUAA